ACUUUUUUAAGUUUUAAUAAUUCGGGAUAUCCGUGCACUCGCUAUUUAUUUCCAAUUUCCAAUUAUAUUGAGAGCAUCAGAUUCCAUAAAUCUAAACCGAUUCACGUAAUUAAAUUUGAGAGCAUCAAAUUGCAUAAAUCAAAUGAUUUUUCCGCAACUAUUUCAAUGGGUAUUGCCGUUUUGGAUUCGGAUCGCCCGCCAUUCAUAUAAUUCCAAACCAGAGAGAAAAGCUGGAAUGGAAUCUAUUAUUCUCUGAACCGUUUCGUUUGAUGUUUUCAAGUAUGGCUGCAAUUGAAGAAUUGUGAUAAUUCAAGUUCUGGUUGCAUCUCAAUUCUCAGCAGUUCAUUCCUCAAUUGAGGGUUUGGAAUUGAGAUGGAACAGGAAAACGUCGAACUGCAGCAAGUAAAGAUAGAGUCACCAAGAACCCUCGAAGAAGAAACGAAUGACAUCAUCAUUCCUGAAAAAAAAUCCCAGUUCUCUUGCAGCGCCACCUGUCCAUUCUCGAAUCAAGAACACCACAAGUCAGACGCAGCGCAGCGCUCCAAAACAUCUCUCAAACUAAGCGGGCUCAUAAUCUUCUACACUGUACUAAUGGCGAUCGAGAUUAUCGGUGGUCUUAAAUCCAACAGCUUAGCAAUCCUCACAGACGCAGCUCACUUGCUCUCCGACAUUGCCGGAUUCUCAAUCUCUCUCUUCACCGUAUGGGUUUCCGGGUGGGACCCGACUCCUCAACAAUCUUUCGGUUUCAACCGCCUCGAAGUAAUCGGAGCCCUCUUAUCUGUACAGCUAAUAUGGCUUAUAUCCGCCACUUUAAUCUACGAAGCAGUACAGAGGAUUAUUUCCCAACAAACCGAAAUAAACGGUAAACUCAUGUUUGCAGUCUCCGCGUUCGGUUUCUUGGUUAAUCUUAUCCUCGUUUUAUGGCUCGGCCAUGACCAUGACCAUAACCAUAACCAUAACCAUGACCAUAACCAUAACCAUAACCAUAACCAUAACCAUAACCAUAACCAUAACCAUAACCAUAACCAUAACCAUAAUCACCAUGGCCAUGCUCACCAUGCAUGUGAGCAUGACCAUGAAGUGGAAGAAACCACGAAGCUUGUGCCAGCUCAGCAUGCAAACAUAGUGCCAGCUCAGCAUGCAAACAUAAUGCCAGCUCAGCAUGCAAACAUAAACAUUCAAGGGGCUUACUUGCAUCUUAUUACAGAUCUUAUACAAUCGGUCGGUGUAAUGAUUGCUGGAUUGGUUAUUUGGCUGAGGCCGAACUGGUUGGUGGUUGAUUUGGUCUGCACGCUGGUUUUUUCCGUGUUUGCUUUGUGUGCUACUUUGCCGAUGCUGAAGAGUGUGUUUUACGUGUUGAUGGAGCGGGCCCCACACGAGAUUGAUGUUGCCCGUCUCGAAAAUGGUCUGAGACUGAUACCGGGAGUUGGUGGUGUUCACGAUCUUCAUGUUUGGGCUAUUACACUAGGGAAACAUGUGCUGGCUUGUCAUAUUGUGAUUGGUCCUGGAGUUUGUUCGAGUGAAAUCUUGCAUGAGAUUAGGGAUUACUGCGAGCGAGGUUUCGGUAUUCAUCAUGUAACGGUACAGAUUGAACAAGAAUUGUGAUAUUUGUUCUUCUCAUUGAAAUUGAAACCAGAUGGUGUGUUUGAAGGUAGCAAUUUUUUUCAUCACAUGGAAAACAAAUAUGAUUUUACUGGUUAUAAAAUAAUAUAAUCUCAUACUAGAUCAUAUUUUGUAAGGGUAAAAUAGCCUUAAAUAUGAACAUGGUAUAUAUGUAUAAUAUAUACUAUUUUCUGUGU